AUGGCGGCCGCGGCACGGCUGCUCUUCUUCUGUCUGCUGUUUUUCUCUAUGUAUGUUGGAGUUAUAUACGCUGCGACUAAUGCAAAGGAUGCUGCUGCUCUAAGAUCACUAAAAGACGAGUGGACCAACACUCCGCCAAGCUGGGACAGCUCGGGUGAUCCGUGCACGUCCUGGGACGGCAUUGUCUGCGACAACUCAUCAAGGGUCACUUCACUAGAACUUUCGUCAAUGGGACUAACAGGAAAAAUGAGUGGUGACAUAGGACAGCUAAGUGAGCUGCUUUCACUGGAUCUGUCGAACAACCUUGGCCUAACCGGCACCAUCUCCCCACAGCUCGGAAAUCUGAAGAAGUUGGCUAUUUUGAUGCUUUCAGGAUGCAGCUUCGUGGGCAGCAUCCCGAGCGAACUAGGAAGUCUUUCCGAGCUAACUUUUCUUGCACUGAAUUUCAACAACUUGAACGGAGACAUACCGCCUUCUCUAGGCCAACUCACGAAGCUAACUUGGCUCGAUCUGUCAGACAAUCGUCUCACAGGACAGAUCCCAUUCGCAACAAGCAUUAGUCCAGCCCCAGGCCUCAAUCAGCUCAAAAACGCGAGGCACUUCCAUUUCAGCAACAACCAGCUUUCUGGUUCGAUCCCAGAGCAGCUCUUCGGUCCAGACAUGUCGUUGAUCCACUUACUAUUGGAUGGGAAUCAACUUUCAGGAACGAUUCCGACUUCAUUAGCAAGUGUUCAGACACUCGAAGUUCUACGUCUUGAUCGCAAUCGCCUCACUAAAUCUGUCCCGAGCCUCAACAACCUCACUAAUCUCAUUAACAUGCAUUUGGCAAACAAUCAAUUGUCUGGUUUAUUACCAAAUCUAACUGGAAUGAACUCCCUCACUUAUCUGGACUUGAGCAACAAUACUUUUGAUCUAACUGGAUCUUCAGCAUGGUUCUCCACUUUGCAGUCAGUAGCUACUUUAGUGAUUGAACAAGGAUCCUUCAAUGGAGCAGUGCCACAAGAAAUCUUCAGCCUACCUCAAAUUCAGCAAGUGUUCAUGAAGAACAAUGCAUUCAUAGAACUAAACCUCAGCACCAACAUAGGCGACAAGCUUCAGCUCGUUGAUCUCCAAAACAACGGCAUAGUUCAGCUAGAACUCGGGACUGAAUUCACCAAAACACUUAUGCUGUUUGGGAACCCCGUCUGCGCCAACACUCCCAACCAAAUCUACUGUCAACUCCAACAAGAGGCGAAACCAUACUCGACCAGCCUCACACUCUGUGGCACGGCAAAAUGCAACUCAGAUCACCUCAAACCCAACCCUGAAAGCUGCACCUGUUCGUAUCCAUAUGCAGGGAUCCUGUACUUCGUAGCGCCCUCUUCCAUAGACUUAUCAAACGCCACACUGUUCCGAUCCUUGGAAACGAGCCUCACAGUGCGCCUAGGCCUAUCAGUCUCUUUGCAGAACCUCUCUUUGAACAAUGAGAAUAAUCUUCAGAUGCAGCUUGAGAUAUUCCCUAGUGACGAAAAGUACUUCAGCAGAUCGGAGAUCAGGACAGUCGCGUCUGCUCUGGGCAGACGAACAUACAAGGCGCCGCCUGAGCUGGGACUGUACUACUUCAGACCAUCUGAAUACAUCUUUGAUGAUGGGGGGAGGAGAGUUCUCACCACCGGCUCCAUAGCCGGGAUAGUGGCAGGAAGCGCGGUUCUGGUCCUCUUGCUCGCUGCAUUGGCUGUGUACGCAGUUCGCCAGAAAAGGCGAGCCGAGCAGGCCAUGUCUAUGUCCAAUCCAUUUGCCUCUUGGACAACCGGUGGGAGGGAUACGGGAGGGGCGCCGCAACUGAAAGGAGCGCGGUGGUUCUCCUACGAAGAGGUCAAGAAGUGCACCAACAACUUCUCAGAGAGCAACCAGAUAGGCUCUGGAGGCUAUGGCAAGGUGUACAAAGGAGUUCUGAGUGAUGGAGUGGUAGUUGCAGUGAAGAGAUCCGAGCGAGGAUCCAUGCAAGGGGGGACAGAAUUCAAGACAGAAAUCGAGCUGCUGUCGCGAGUUCAUCACAAGAACCUCGUUGGCCUUGUCGGAUUCUGCUUCGAUCAAGGAGAGCAGAUGCUGGUAUAUGAGUUCAUGGCUAAUGGAACUCUCCGUGAAAGUUUAUCAGGAAAGAGCGGGAUCCAAUUAGACUGGAUGAGGAGAAUAAGGGUUGCAUUGGGUUCAGCUAGAGGAUUGGCUUACUUGCAUGAACUGGCGCAUCCUCCAAUCAUUCAUCGCGAUGUGAAGUCGACAAACAUCUUGCUAGACGAUAAUCUGACAGCUAAGGUUGCCGAUUUCGGACUGUCUAAACUGGUUUGUGACGUUUCAAAAGGCCAUGUUUCUACUCAAGUGAAAGGCACUCUGGGAUACUUGGACCCCGAAUACUACAUGACCCAACAGCUAACCGAGAAGAGCGACGUCUACAGCCUUGGAGUUGUGAUGCUCGAGCUCAUAACCGGGCGUCAGCCGAUAGAGAAGGGCAAGUACAUCGUUCGCGAGGUGAGGAUCGCCAUGGACAAGAACGACGAGGCCCACUACGGACUGAGCGAUAAAAUCGACCCAGCAAUAAAGAACAGCCAAGAUCAACUCAUUGGGUUCCAUAGGUUCCUCGAGCUGGCAAUGCAAUGCGUGGAGGAAGCUGCUGCGGAUCGUCCCUCGACGAGCGAGAUCGUGAAGACCCUCGAAGCUCUGCUGCAGGCCGAAGGCGUGAACACGAGCUCGACAUCCGGGUCUUCCUCGACCUCCUCGUCGCUCACGGAGUUCGGACACGGCAACGGCGUACGCCAACAUCCAUACGAUGACUCUCUGGCGAUGAAGGAUGGGGUGGAGAGUGAAUCCUUUGGGUUUGAUAAUAGGUAUGCACUUGUUUCAGUAGUUGAGCCAAAGUAAAAUGUUAAUUUUUUGUCUGCUUUAAUGGAACUGAAAAUAGAUAUGUUGUACUAUAAAUUUCAUUUAUCUUGUGGUCUAUUGAUAUACAUAUUUAAAUACUGUGGAAAAUCAGAAUCCUAG